GCAAGUUAUCGGCAGUCUGUGUAGUUAUCCGACUGGCAGAGGCCCCGCCAGCCAGCUAGUGAGCCCUUUUCUCUUUUUUUGGCUGAUAAAACGUACGUUCCCCCGAGCCCUGCCACUUGACUGAAAGCCACAGCCCAGUUCACUCGUCUUCCAGGGGUGCAGCUGUGUUUCAACAAACUUAAUAUUGGCUCGUAUCCAGACUACGUGAAACAGAGACGAGCCUUUGUUUACUCCCAUCAAGACUCUGCCUUCCUUUCGGUAAAAAGCACAAGGGAGGAGAAAUGAAAACAGAAGAGGUCAAAUAUGUUUAUCAGCAAGAAGGGCCUCUGUUGGUUCCCAAGACGAAAAACGGAGCCGUUUACCAAGAGACAACCGUCAGCAAUCGCGCAAAAGAUGACAAACAAGCACCGUGUUGUUGGCCUGGCCACCUGUUUUCCCGUUUGCGUCUCAUCCUUUCCUGUUUGGCUAUUAUAUCUUGCCUCGUUGUUAUCGCAGUGUUAAUGACGAAUGGUAUUAAGGCUUCCAACAGCCGCGAAAUUGCACAGGAAGAGGAGAUUGCUAUUCUGAAGGACCUAGUUGAAAAUCAACAAAGUAGGCUACAUCGAAUGCAGAAGGAAUUACAGUUUUUAGUUACUCGCCAAAAGGCAUAUGAAGCCAGGGAAGACAGCUUUCGUAGAAGAACGGGCACCAUUGGAACUGGAACUGGAACUAAUGCCUGGCCGUCUCUAACGGAUAAGAAUUUCGUCCAAGAAAAUGAAGAUCAAGAGAAAACCCAAGAUUCGGAAUUGCCUUUAAUUCCACGACAAGUCAUCCCAGAAUUGACUUCGAUUUCAACUCUAGACGAAGACGUUGACGUCGACAAAUUGCCACGCGCAUCUGCCAAUAAAAAGCGCAAGGGAGCCAAGUCCAUGGAAGACAUGCCACAGUUGUGAAACGUUCUCUCAACAUCUUAUGUUAAGAAAUCGUUUCCUACUUAACGGGAUCCCCAAUCAAGCAGACUGACAAAUCCCUUAAUCUUUACAAAUUUUCUACUGCCCGUGUUCCAACUCUAACUGUGUCUAAUUCCAUAAACAACCACAUCAAACGACCAAAAGCUUUCUCCCCACUUAACAAUCUAACAAAAAUGUCCUUUUGCAACAGCGUAACAAUAGAUCGUAUUACAUACAACCGCGAUGUAUUUCAUUUUUUAGUUAUUCUUCCUUUUAAUGUUUCACAGACACAAUGUUUUUUUUUUAUCCCAAAGGAACAUGAAGGGGAUUUGAAUUCCUCAUUCUUCCUACAAAAAGGUAAAAAUUCCUACCCAGGUAUUUUUGUUAGAGGGUUAUGCUAAGACAGAAGGGAUAGAAUGAAAGUAUUAAUAACAAAAAGCCAAUCCAAAGAGAAAGGAUGACAGCUACGCAAAACUGGGAAGUAAAGAGGCGGCAUUUACACGGGUCACGUUACACGAGUCCAUCCAAACAGACGAAACGUAAAAUUAAUUGUAAUUUUUUUUAUGGUUUCAAUUCGUUUAUCUUUUUUUACUUAUCUUUAAUGUUUUAUCUCGUUUAAAUCUUAUUAAUAGCUUUAGUUAAUAAUAAUUAAAUGAAAAAUUGCACAAAUGAAAUUCCAAAAAAUUCGAAAGGCAGAAAACGAAUAUUCAAGAAAAAUUUCUGUUAGUUUUAUCCGAAGGGCAUAAAAAGAGGAAGAGAGUUUGUUCCAACACGUACGAAGAGAGACGAACACAAAAGAUUUCGGAUGUUUUGAAUUUGAACCGAAAUUGAACGAUGACACAAAUACACAAAAAAAAAAAAAAGACUUGGACAGAAAAAAAAAGAAUUAAUGGUACACAUUACAGUUAUAUAUAAUCUGCGAGAGAGAAAUAGAGAGAGGUGAAGAAAAACAAAACAGAAACAAGAGAAUAGUAAAUAAAUGUUGUGUAAAAAACCAACAAAAAAAUAAAGAA